AUGGCUACCAUCAGCGCACCAAGGCCCAGCGCCGCUGCGCCGAGAGCUGGUGGCAUAGCGAGUCAGGAGAAGUCGUCUUGGCAGCAUGACGAGAAGCAGCAAGAUGUACGGAGGCAAAAUAUCUGCGCUGCAAGAGCGGUCAGCGACGCCAUUCGCACCAGUCUUGGCCCUCGUGGAAUGGACAAGAUGAUCCAAGACGCGCGAGGAGGCGUGCUGAUUACGAAUGACGGCGCGACAAUUCUUGAGCAGAUUUCAGUGAUGCACCCGGUUGCCAAAAUGAUGGUGGAGCUGUCGAGAGCUCAAGAUGUUGAGGCUGGCGAUGGCACAACCUCGGUGGUUGUUCUCUGCGGAGCACUCCUUGACGCCGCACAGCAGCUGCUCGACAAGGGCAUUCAUCCUCAAACCAUUGCCACUGCAUUCGUCGAUGCUGCUGGGCAGGCAGAGCCGAUUCUGCGCUCGAUGGCAGUUCCGGUGAACCUCGCAGAUAGGGAGAGCAUCAUUCAGACGGCAUCCACCUCUCUUCAGUCCAAGGUUGUUUCUCAGAGCGCAGCGCUGUUGGCUCCGAUUGCGUGUGAUGCCGUGAUGCGGCACGACACCGGCUCAGGGCCCCAGGUUCGCCUGCAAGACAUUCGCAUUGUUAAGAGGUUGGGUGGAACUGUGGAAGACUGCGAGUUGGUGAAGGGAGUUGUGCUUGCACAGCAAAAGGUGGCAAAGCGGGCUAACGGUCCCACCCAAGUGCAAGGCGCCAAGAUUGGCCUUAUUCAAUUCUGCUUGUCUGCGCCCAAAACCGACAUGGAAAACAACAUCGUCAUUACGGAUUACACUCAAAUGGACCGCAUGCUGCGUGAGGAGCGACUGUUGAUUGCGAAAAUGGUGAAGCAAAUCGCAGCAACUGGCUGUAACUGCCUGCUUAUCCAGAAGAGCAUUCUGAGGGACGCUGUCAACGACCUGUCCCUUGACUACUUGGCGAGAGCGAAGAUUCUGGUCAUCCGAGACGUGGAGCGGGAAGAUAUUGAAUUCCUGUCCAAAACCUUAGGCUGCUCGCCUGUCGCCUCUCUGGACCACUUCACUGCGGAUAAGUUGGGUCGAGCGGACCUUGUACAAGACGAGAUGAUUCCUGGUGGAGGUCAUCUCGUGCGUAUUACGGGCGUUCCUGCCCAGACGGCAGUGACGGUUCUGCUCCGCGCGUCCAACCAGCUGAUGCUGGACGAGACGGAGCGGUCUCUACACGAUGCGCUCUGUGUCGUCCGCUGCCUGGUGAAGAAGCAGUUUCUCCUUCCUGGAGGGGGCGCUCCGGAAGCGGAGUUGUCUCUCAAGCUUCAUGAGUGGGCCCGUACUCUUCCGGGUGUCAGUCAGAUGUGCGUUAAACGCUUCGCGGAAGCCCUAGAAGUAGUGCCUUAUACCCUUGCAGAGAAUGCAGGCCUGCAGCCGUUGGAAGUUGUGACGGCGCUGAGGCAUCAGCACGCUGCGGGUCAAUCUACCAGCGGCAUCGACAUCCGCAAAGGCUGCUUGUCUGAUAUGCUGGAGCGCCAGGUGCUGCAGCCUUUGCUGGUCACAUUGAGUGCAGUGCAGCUUGCGGCGGAGGCUGUUGCCAUGAUCUUGAAGAUUGACGACAUUGUCAUGUGCAGAUAA